AUGACGAACAACAACCCUUCGUGCCGCCAGCUUGCGCAGACCCUAUGUCCUACGAUCCAUGGUCAGAUACCGGUAGUGGGUCUGGCGGACGCUGCUGUGUGUCAAGAUGUGGACCCGGAGGAAGGUCCAGCCCCUGCUGUGGAUGCUUCACUUAGCACCGCGGCAAACGUCGGUAGCGCAGUGACGGUGUGGUCGUGGAGCAGGAUGAUAAUCUAA